AUGCCUGGUGGAUUUGGAGGUCAACAGCAGCAACAACCACCCCAACAACCAGGACGAGCUGGAGCGAACCGAUUACCGAACGGAAAACUAGGAAAUAACAAUUCUGGCUGGGCAUUCGGAGGGGGUCCCAUGGCAGGAGCUGGUCCCCAAAAUGCCGGACGUCAACUUGGCGGGAACGUGAGCUUUGCGCAAAGCUUGUCAGGCUCCCAACCUUCGACAUCCCUCGACUUGUCCGAGUUCCCAUCAUUAUCCAACAACGCCCAAAUGUCGAAUGCCAGCCAGUCAUCUAUGUGGUCGACUGCUGGAUCGCGCAACUUGGGUGGACCCAUUCAACGUAAUCAAGCUACUCCUCAGCAAGGUGGUCAGGAUGACAUGUUCAGUCCCACCUCAUCAAGAGUACCAGGCGGAUUCAGAUUCGGUAACCAAGGCAACAUUGGACAACAACCUCAACCGAGCAGCGUUGAUGAUUUCCCACCACUCAACCAAACUUCGAAUGGCGAGAUGGGUUCGGAUAGGACAGCGAACCUGAUGUCGUCUCUAGGCUUUGGUUCCCAAGCUGGUCCUGGGCCUUCGACAAGCAAUAGGGGGAAUGGUCUCUUGAAUGCAUUGUCGGCUAACAGUCGAGCUAAUGAAGUGAGAUCACCGCCUGGUAUUGGACCUCCUGGCUCCUCAAGACCACAAGAUGGCAAACCCCCUGGGUUAGAAGAAGACCCUCGGCAAAAGUCAACCCGGGAGGAUGGCCCUAUUGACGCUUCCCCGGCAGCAGCUUUCAACAGUGAUUCCGUUUCUAUGAAAGCUAAGGAAGAUCUAGAUUCUGAUGUUGUUGAUCCUCUCGCCGGCAUGCCUGAUGCGGACAAGUGGGGGAUCAAGGGUUUGCAGACAUUAAUGCACAACUACCCCGACUACCAUGCAAUGGUGGUUGGUAUGGACCCCAACUCUAUGGGACUUGACAUGAGCUCUCCGGAGAUGUUUUCUACACAGAACUACUCGCUCUUUGACGAUUCACCUCCCAGAGUGCCGCUUUCUAAUGGUAAAUUUCGAUUGCCGGAAUGUUAUCACGUAACAAAUGUGCAACCGAUUGAGAGCAAGAUUCAGAGCUUCAACGAGGAAACCCUAUUUUGGAUCUUCUACAGUUGCACAGCGGACGUGAAACAACAAAUGGCUGCGGUAGAGCUACAUUCGCGAAACUGGAGAUGGCAUAGAAAGAUGGAGUUGUGGUUGACAAAGGAUGAACAUAUGACACCUCAAAUCUUGAGCCCUAACCAUGAACGUGGCUUCUACAUCAUCUGGGACCCCAGCCUAUGGCGCAAGGAUCGCAAAGAGUUCACACUCCACUACGGUGACCUAGAUACAACAUUGAACCAGGCGCAAGUCGGGCCAUAA